UGCACGGCGGCGGUGGCGGCGGCCAGGGCUUCGCUGGGGGUCGCGGGCUGGGUCUGCAGGAGGCCGGCCGCCGAGAUCGGGGCUGGGUGAACUCAUGGACCUGAUACUUUUCUCUUGAGAAACAAACCAACUCAAAAAAAAAAAAAAAUGGCAUUUGUUGCAACACAGGGGGCCACGGUGGUUGACCAAACCACUCUGAUGAAAAAAUACCUUCAGUUUGUGGCAGCUCUCACGGAUGUAAAUACACCUGAUGAAACAAAGUUAAAAAUGAUGCAAGAAGUUAGUGAAAAUUUUGAGAAUGUAACGUCAUCUCCUCAAUAUUCUACGUUCCUGGAACAUAUCAUCCCUCGAUUUCUCACAUUUCUUCAAGAUGGAGAAGUUCAGUUUCUCCAGGAGAAACCAGCCCAGCAACUGAGGAAGCUAGUACUUGAAAUAAUUCACAGGAUACCAACCAACGAACAUCUUCGUCCUCAUACAAAAAAUGUUCUGUCUGUGAUGUUUCGCUUUUUAGAGACGGAAAAUGAAGAGAAUGUUCUUAUUUGUCUAAGAAUAAUCAUUGAGCUCCACAAACAGUUCAGGCCGCCCAUCACACAAGAAAUUCAUCAUUUUUUGGAUUUUGUGAAACAGAUUUACAAGGAGCUUCCAAAAGUAGUGAACCGCUACUUUGAGAACCCUCAGGUGAUCCCCGAGAACACAGUUCCUCCCCCUGAAAUGGUUGGUAUGAUCACCACAAUUGCUGUGAAAGUCAAUCCAGAGCGUGAGGACAGUGAGACAAGAACACAUUCCAUCAUUCCAAGAGGAUCUCUUUCUCUGAAAGUGUUGGCAGAAUUGCCCAUUAUUGUUGUUCUGAUGUAUCAGCUCUACAAACUGAACAUCCACAAUGUUGUUGCUGAGUUUGUGCCCUUGAUCAUGAAUACCAUUGCCAUUCAGGUAUCUGCACAAGCCAGGCAACAUAAGCUUUACAACAAGGAGUUGUACGCUGACUUUAUUGCUGCUCAGAUUAAAACAUUGUCAUUUUUAGCUUAUAUCAUCAGAAUUUAUCAGGAGUUGGUGACUAAGUACUCUCAGCAGAUGGUAAAAGGAAUGUUACAGUUACUUUCAAAUUGCCCUGCGGAGACAGCACACCUCAGAAAGGAGCUUCUGAUCGCUGCAAAGCAUAUCCUCACCACAGAGCUAAGAAACCAGUUCAUUCCUUGCAUGGACAAGCUGUUCGAUGAAUCCAUACUCAUUGGAUCAGGAUAUACUGCUCGAGAGACUCUCAGGCCCCUCGCCUACAGCACAUUGGCCGAUCUCGUGCACCACGUCCGUCAGCACCUGCCCCUCAGUGACCUCUCCCUCGCUGUCCAGCUUUUUGCCAAGAACAUCGAUGACGAGUCUCUGCCCAGCAGCAUCCAGACCAUGUCCUGCAAGCUGCUGCUGAACCUGGUGGAUUGUAUCCGCUCCAAGAGUGAGCAGGAGAGCGGCAAUGGGAGAGAUGUCCUAAUGCGGAUGCUGGAGGUCUUUGUUCUCAAAUUCCACACCAUCGCCCGGUACCAGCUCUCUGCCAUUUUUAAGAAGUGCAAGCCCCAGUCAGAACUCGGGGCCGUGGAGGCAGCCCUGCCCGGGGUGCCCACUGCCCCCGCGGCCCCGGGCCCCGCCCCCUCCCCUAUAACGUCAUGUAAAGCGCCUGGUGAAGCUCAGUUCAUUCCCAACAAGCAGUUACAGCCCAAAGAGACUCAGAUUUACAUAAAACUUGUGAAAUAUGCAAUGCAGGCUUUAGAUAUUUAUCAGGUCCAGAUAGCAGGAAAUGGACAAACAUACAUCCGAGUAGCAAACUGCCAGACGGUCAGAAUGAAGGAAGAGAAGGAGGUGUUGGAGCACUUUGCCGGUGUGUUCACCAUGAUGAAUCCCCUAACGUUUAAAGAGAUCUUUCAGACGACGGUCCCUUAUAUGGUGGAAAGAAUCUCGAAAAAUUAUGCUCUUCAGAUCGUUGCCAAUUCCUUCUUGGCGAACCCUACUACCUCGGCCCUGUUUGCUACAAUUCUGGUGGAGUACCUCCUGGACCGCCUGCCCGAAAUGGGCUCCCACGUGGAACUCUCCAACCUGUACCUCAAGCUGUUCAAGUUGGUCUUUGGCUCCGUCUCCCUCUUUGCAGCUGAAAAUGAACAAAUGCUGAAGCCCCACCUGCACAAGAUUGUGAACAGCUCCAUGGAGCUUGCACAGACUGCCAAAGAACCCUAUAACUACUUCCUGCUGCUUCGGGCUCUCUUCCGCUCCAUUGGGGGAGGCAGCCAUGACCUCCUGUAUCAGGAGUUUUUGCCUCUCCUACCAAACCUCCUGCAAGGGCUGAACAUGCUGCAGAGUGGUCUGCAUAAGCAGCACAUGAAGGACCUCUUCGUGGAGCUGUGUCUCACGGUGCCCGUGCGCCUGAGCUCGCUCUUGCCCUACCUGCCCAUGCUAAUGGACCCCUUGGUGUCUGCUCUCAAUGGGUCACAGACGUUGGUCAGCCAAGGCCUGAGGACCCUGGAGUUGUGUGUGGACAACCUGCAGCCUGAUUUCCUCUAUGACCACAUUCAGCCAGUCCGCGCGGAGCUCAUGCAGGCUUUGUGGCGCACCCUGCGCAAUCCUGCUGAUAGCAUUUCUCACGUGGCCUACCGUGUACUCGGUAAAUUUGGUGGCAGUAACAGGAAGAUGUUGAAGGAAUCCCAGAAGCUGCACUAUGUUGUGACUGAGGUUCAAGGCCCAAGUAUCACAGUGGAGUUUUCCGAUUGUAAAGCAUCUCUUCAGCUCCCGAUGGAGAAGGCCAUUGAAACUGCUCUGGACUGCCUGAAAAGUGCCAACACUGAGCCCUACUACCGGAGGCAGGCGUGGGAGGUGAUCAAGUGCUUCCUGGUGGCAAUGAUGAGUCUAGAGGACAAUAAACACGCCCUCUACCAGCUUCUCGCACACCCUAACUUUACAGAAAAGACCAUACCUAAUGUGAUCAUAUCACAUCGCUACAAAGCACAAGACACUCCAGCUCGGAAGACGUUUGAGCAGGCCCUGACUGGGGCGUUCAUGUCUGCGGUCAUUAAAGAUCUCCGGCCCAGUGCCCUGCCCUUUGUCGCCAGCUUGAUCCGCCACUACACCAUGGUGGCAGUUGCCCAGCAGUGCGGUCCUUUCCUGCUACCUUGCUACCAGGUGGGCAGCCAGCCCAGCACAGCCAUGUUUCACAGUGAAGAAAAUGGGUCGAAAGGAAUGGAUCCAUUGGUCCUUAUUGAUGCAAUCGCUAUUUGUAUGGCAUAUGAAGAAAAGGAACUUUGCAAGAUUGGGGAGGUGGCCCUGGCUGUGAUAUUUGAUGUUGCAAGUAUCAUCCUGGGCUCGAAGGAGAGGGCGUGCCAGUUGCCUCUGUUCUCCUACAUCGUCGAGCGCUUGUGCGCCUGUUGCUACGAGCAGGCCUGGUAUGCAAAGCUGGGGGGUGUGGUGUCCAUUAAGUUCCUUAUGGAGCGGCUGCCUCUCACUUGGGUUCUCCAGAACCAGCAGACAUUCCUCAAAGCGCUUCUCUUUGUCAUGAUGGACUUGACUGGAGAGGUUUCAAAUGGGGCUGUCGCCAUGGCAAAGACCACCCUAGAACAGCUUCUGAUGAGAUGCGCGACACCUUUAAAGGAUGAGGAGAGAGCCGAAGAGAUCGUGGCAGCUCAGGAGAAGUCCUUUCACCAUGUGACGCAUGACUUGGUUCGAGAGGUCACCUCUCCAAAUUCCACUGUGAGAAAACAGGCCAUGCAUUCACUGCAGGUCUUGGCCCAGGUCACUGGAAAAAGUGUCACUGUGAUCAUGGAGCCCCAUAAAGAGGUCCUCCAGGAUAUGGUCCCACCGAAGAAGCAUUUGCUCAGACAUCAGCCUGCCAAUGCGCAGAUUGGCCUGAUGGAGGGAAACACAUUCUGCACCACAUUGCAGCCCAGGCUCUUCACAAUGGAUCUUAACGUGGUGGAGCAUAAGGUGUUCUACACAGAGCUAUUAAACUUGUGUGAGGCUGAAGACUCAGCUUUAACAAAGCUGCCCUGUUACAAGAGUCUGCCAUCACUCGUACCUUUGCGAAUUGCAGCAUUAAAUGCGCUUGCUGCCUGCAAUUACCUUCCUCAGUCCAGGGAGAAGAUCAUCGCUGCACUCUUCAAAGCCCUGAAUUCCACAAACAGUGAGCUGCAGGAGGCCGGAGAAGCCUGCAUGAGAAAGUUUUUGGAAGGUGCUACCAUAGAAGUAGAUCAAAUCCAUACGCAUAUGCGGCCUUUGUUGAUGAUGCUGGGGGAUUAUCGAAGCUUGACGCUGAACGUCGUGAAUCGUCUCACUUCCGUUACCAGGCUCUUCCCAAACUCCUUCAAUGAUAAAUUUUGUGAUCAGAUGAUGCAACAUCUACGAAAGUGGAUGGAAGUGGUGGUCCUCACCCACAAAGGGGGCCAGAGGAGCGACGGAAACGAAAUGAAAAUUUGUUCGGCAAUUAUAAACCUUUUUCACCUGAUCCCAGCUGCACCUCAAACUCUGGUCAAGCCUUUGUUAGAGGUGGUGAUGAAAACUGAACGGGCUAUGUUGAUUGAGGCUGGCAGUCCCUUCAGAGAGCCUCUGAUCAAGUUCUUGACACGGCACCCCUCACAGACGGUAGAGCUGUUCAUGAUGGAAGCUACCCUGAAUGAUCCCCAGUGGAGCAGAAUGUUUAUGAGUUUUUUAAAACACAAAGAUGCCAGACCUCUGCGAGACGUGCUGGCAGCUAACCCCAACCGGUUCAUCACUCUGUUGGUGCCUGGCGGCACCCAGACCGCCGUGCGCCCCGGCUCCCCCAGCACUAGCACCAUGCGCCUGGACCUUCAGUUUCAGGCCAUCAAGAUCAUAAGUAUCAUAGUUAAAAACGAUGACUCCUGGCUGGCCAAUCAGCAUUCUCUGGUGAGUCAGUUGAGACGCGUGUGGGUCAGCGAAACCUUUCAAGAAAGACACCGGAAAGAGAACAUGGCUGCCACCAACUGGAAGGAGCCCAAGCUGCUGGCCUACUGUCUGCUGAAUUACUGCAAAAGGAAUUAUGGAGAUAUAGAAUUGCUGUUCCAGCUGCUCCGGGCCUUCACGGGUCGUUUUCUCUGCAACAUGACGUUCUUGAAGGAGUAUAUGGAGGAAGAGAUUCCCAAAAAUUACAACAUUUCUCAAAAACGUGCCCUGUUUUUUCGUUUUGUGGACUUCAAUGACCCCAACUUUGGCGAUGAACUGAAAGCCAAGGUUCUGCAGCAUAUCUUGAAUCCUGCUUUCUUGUACAGCUUUGAGAAGGGGGAAGGAGAACAGCUCUUAGGACCUCCCAAUCCAGAAGGCGAUAACCCGGAAAGCAUCACCAGCGUGUUUAUAACCAAGGUCCUGGACCCGGAGAAGCAGGCGGACAUGCUGGACUCCCUGAGGAUUUACCUGCUGCAGUACGCCACGCUGCUGGUGGAGCACGCGCCGCACCACAUCCACGACAACAACAAGAACCGCAACAGCAAGCUGCGCCGCCUGAUGACCUUCGCGUGGCCCUGCCUGCUCUCUAAGGCCUGUGUGGACCCGGCCUGCAAGUACAGUGGCCACCUGCUUCUGGCGCACAUCAUCGCCAAAUUCGCCAUACACAAGAAAAUCGUCCUUCAGGUAUUUCACAGUCUGCUCAAGGCCCACGCGAUGGAAGCUCGAGCGAUUGUCAGACAAGCGAUGGCCAUAUUGACUCCAGCGGUGCCUGCUAGGAUGGAGGACGGGCACCAGAUGCUGACCCACUGGACGAGGAAGAUCAUCGUGGAGGAGGGCCACACGGUCCCUCAGCUGGUUCACAUUCUGCAUCUGAUUGUGCAGCAUUUCAAGGUGUACUACCCAGUGCGACACCACUUGGUGCAGCACAUGGUCAGCGCCAUGCAGAGGUUAGGCUUUACGCCCAGCGUCACCAUCGAGCAGAGGAGGCUGGCCGUGGACCUGUCCGAAGUCGUCAUCAAGUGGGAAUUGCAGAGGAUCAAGGACCAGCAGCCGGAUUCAGACAUGGACCCAAAUUCAAGUGGAGAAGGCAUCAACUCUGUCUCAUCCUCCAUUAAAAGAGGCCUGUCGGUGGAUUCCGCCCAGGAGGUGAAACGCUUCAGGACGGCCACGGGAGCCAUCAGCGCGGUGUUUGGGAGGAGCCAGUCGCUGCCCGGAGCAGACUCCCUUCUUGCCAAGCCCAUCGAUAAGCAGCACACAGACACCGUGGUGAACUUCCUCAUCCGCGUGGCUUGUCAGGUCAAUGACAACACCAACACGGCCGGGUCUCCUGGGGAGGUGCUGUCUCGCCGGUGCGUGACUCUCUUGAAGACCGCCUUGCGACCGGACAUGUGGUCCAAGUCUGAGCUCAAACUGCAGUGGUUCGACAAGCUGCUGAUGAGUGUGGAGCAGCCUAAUCAAGUCAACUAUGGAAAUAUUUGCACGGGGCUGGAAGUGCUGAGUUUCUUGCUCACUGUCCUCCAGUCUCCAGCCAUCCUCAGUAGCUUCAAACCCCUGCAGCGAGGCAUCGCCGCGUGCAUGACGUGCGCAAACACCAAGGUUCUCCGAGCGGUCCAUAGCCUCCUCUCCCGCCUAAUGAGCAUUUUCCCAACAGAGCCAAGCACUUCCAGCGUGGCCUCCAAGUAUGAAGAGCUGGAGUGCCUCUACGCGGCCGUCGGGAAGGUCAUCUACGAAGGACUCACCAACUACGAGAAGGCCACCAACGCGAAUCCCUCCCAGCUCUUUGGGACCCUUAUGAUCCUCAAGUCUGCCUGCAGCAAUAACCCGAGCUACAUAGACAGGCUGAUCUCAGUCUUCAUGCGCUCCCUGCAGAAAAUGGUCCGCGAGCACCUGAACCCACAGGCAGCAUCGGGCAGCACGGAAGCGACCUCAGGAACUGGUGAGCUGGUGAUGCUGAGUCUGGAGCUGGUGAAGACUCGCCUGGCCGUCAUGAGCAUGGAGAUGAGGAAGAACUUCAUUCAGGCCAUCCUGACCUCCCUCAUUGAGAAAUCACCGGAUGCCAAGAUCCUACGGGCUGUGGUGAAAAUCGUGGAAGAGUGGGUUAAGAACAAUUCCCCGAUGGCGGCCAAUCAGACGCCUACACUCCGGGAGAAGUCCAUUUUGCUCGUGAAAAUGAUGGCUUACAUAGAAAAGCGCUUUCCGGAAGACCUCGAAUUAAACGCCCAGUUUUUAGACCUCGUGAACUAUGUCUACAGGGAUGAGACGCUGUCGGGCAGCGAGCUGACCGCAAAACUCGAGCCGGCCUUUCUCUCUGGGCUGCGCUGUGCCCAGCCUCUCAUCAGGGCAAAGUUCUUUGAGGUUUUUGACAACUCUAUGAAACGUCGGGUCUACGAACGCCUGCUUUAUGUGACCUGUUCCCAGAAUUGGGAAGCCAUGGGGAACCACUUCUGGAUUAAGCAGUGCAUUGAGCUGCUCCUGGCGGUGUGUGAGAAGAGCACUCCCAUUGGUACCAGCUGCCAGGGAGCAAUGCUGCCGUCCAUCACCAACGUCAUCAACUUGGCCGACAGCCACGACCGAGCGGCCUUCGCCAUGGUCACACAUGUGAAGCAGGAGCCUCGGGAGCGAGAGAACAGCGAGUCCAAGGAGGAGGAUGUAGAGAUCGAUAUUGAGCUGGCUCCUGGAGACCAGACCAGCACGCCCAAAACCAAAGAGCUUUCUGAGAAGGACAUUGGGAACCAGCUGCACAUGUUAACCAACAGACACGACAAAUUCCUUGAUACUCUCCGGGAAGUGAAGACGGGAGCCCUGCUCAGCGCCUUUGUCCAGCUGUGUCACAUUUCCACAACGCUGGCAGAGAAGACAUGGGUCCAGCUUUUUCCCAGAUUGUGGAAAAUUCUGUCUGACAGACAGCAGCACGCGCUGGCCGGUGAGAUCAGCCCGUUCCUGUGCAGCGGCAGCCACCAGGUGCAGCGGGACUGUCAGCCCAGCGCACUCAACUGCUUCGUGGAGGCCAUGUCCCAGUGCGUGCCCCCGAUUCCCAUCCGACCCUGCGUGCUCAAGUACUUGGGGAAGACGCACAACCUUUGGUUCCGCUCCACGUUAAUGCUUGAGCACCAGGCUUUUGAGAAAGGUCUGAGCCUGCAGAUUAAGCCGAAGCAAACGACGGAAUUUUAUGAGCAGGAGAGCAUAACUCCGCCUCAGCAGGAGAUACUGGAUUCCCUGGCUGAACUGUACUCUUUGUUACAAGAGGAAGAUAUGUGGGCUGGUUUGUGGCAGAAGCGUUGCAAGUAUUCAGAGACGGCGACGGCCAUUGCUUAUGAACAGCAUGGAUUCUUCGAGCAGGCACAAGAAUCUUACGAAAAGGCAAUGGACAAAGCCAAGAAGGAGCAUGAGAGGAGUAACGCCUCCCCUGCUAUUUUCCCAGAGUACCAGCUGUGGGAGGACCACUGGAUUCGGUGCUCUAAGGAGUUGAACCAGUGGGAAGCCCUGACGGAAUAUGGCCAGUCCAAAGGUCACAUCAACCCUUACCUGGUCCUGGAGUGUGCUUGGCGGGUAUCCAACUGGACUGCCAUGAAGGAGGCAUUGGUGCAGGUGGAAGUAAGUUGUCCCAAAGAGAUGGCGUGGAAAGUCAACAUGUACCGUGGAUACCUGGCCAUCUGCCAUCCUGAGGAGCAGCAGCUCAGCUUCAUCGAGCGCCUGGUGGAAAUGGCCAGCAGUUUGGCCAUCCGCGAGUGGCGGCGGCUGCCCCACGUGGUGUCCCAUGUGCACACGCCUCUUCUCCAGGCAGCCCAGCAGAUCAUCGAACUUCAGGAAGCUGCACAAAUCAACGCCGGCUUACAGCCCACCAACCUGGGCAGGAACAACAGCCUGCACGACAUGAAGACAGUGGUGAAGACGUGGAGGAACAGGCUGCCCAUUGUGUCUGACGACUUGUCCCACUGGAGCAGCGUCUUCAUGUGGAGGCAGCAUCAUUACCAGGCUAUCGUAACUGCCUAUGAAAACAGCUCUCAGCACGACCCAAGUUCAAACAACGCCAUGCUUGGGGUUCACGCGUCCGCGUCGGCGAUCAUCCAGUAUGGGAAGAUCGCCCGCAAACAAGGACUGGUCAACGUAGCUCUGGACAUACUAAGUCGCAUUCAUACGAUUCCAACCGUGCCCAUCGUGGACUGCUUCCAGAAGAUUCGGCAGCAAGUCAAAUGCUACCUCCAGCUGGCAGGAGUCAUGGGGAAAAACGAAUGUAUGCAGGGUCUUGAAGUGAUUGAAUCUACAAACUUGAAAUACUUUACAAAAGAGAUGACAGCUGAAUUUUACGCACUGAAGGGAAUGUUCCUGGCUCAGAUCAACAAAUCUGAGGAAGCAAACAAAGCAUUUUCUGCAGCCGUGCAAAUGCAUGACGUGCUGGUGAAGGCAUGGGCCAUGUGGGGCGAUUAUCUGGAGAACAUCUUCGUGAAGGAGCGGCAGCUACAUCUGGGCGUGUCUGCCAUUACUUGUUACCUGCACGCGUGCCGGCAUCAGAAUGAGAGCAAGUCAAGGAAAUACUUAGCCAAGGUGCUGUGGCUUUUGAGCUUUGAUGACGACAAGAACACUCUGGCCGAUGCUGUUGACAAGUACUGCAUCGGCGUACCACCCAUCCAGUGGCUGGCCUGGAUCCCGCAGCUGCUCACCUGCCUGGUCGGCUCCGAGGGAAAGCUGCUCCUGAACCUUAUUAGCCAGGUUGGACGCGUGUAUCCCCAGGCGGUCUACUUUCCCAUCCGGACCCUCUACCUGACCCUGAAAAUCGAGCAGCGGGAACGCUACAAGAGCGAUCCAGGGCCCAUAAGAGCAACAGCACCAAUGUGGCGCUGCAGCCGAAUCAUGCACAUGCAGCGAGAGCUCCACCCAACCCUUCUGUCUUCCCUGGAAGGCAUCGUCGAUCAGAUGGUCUGGUUCAGAGAAAACUGGCACGAAGAGGUUCUCAGACAGCUCCAGCAGGGCCUGGCGAAAUGUUACUCUGUUGCAUUUGAGAAAAGUGGAGCCGUGUCGGAUGCCAAAAUUACCCCCCACACUCUAAAUUUCGUCAAGAAGUUGGUGAGCACGUUCGGGGUGGGCCUGGAGAACGUGUCCAACGUCUCGACCAUGUUCUCCAGCGCGGCCUCCGAGUCUCUAGCCAGGCGGGCACAGGCCACCGCCCAGGACCCCGUCUUCCAGAAGCUGAAGGGUCAGUUCACAACCGAUUUUGACUUCAGUGUUCCAGGAUCCAUGAAGCUUCACAAUCUUAUUUCUAAGUUGAAAAAGUGGAUCAAAAUCCUGGAGGCUAAAACCAAGCAGCUUCCAAAGUUCUUCCUCAUAGAAGAGAAGUGCCGGUUUUUGAGCAAUUUCUCAGCGCAGACAGCUGAAGUAGAAAUUCCAGGGGAGUUUCUGAUGCCCAAGCCGACCCAUUAUUACAUCAAGAUUGCUCGGUUUAUGCCCAGGGUGGAGAUCGUGCAGAAGCAUAACACUGCAGCCCGGAGACUCUACAUCCGCGGCCACAACGGCAAGAUCUACCCGUACCUCGUCAUGAACGACGCCUGCCUGACCGAGUCCCGGCGAGAGGAGCGUGUGCUGCAGCUGCUCCGGCUGCUGAACCCCUGUCUGGAGAAGAGGAAGGAAACCACAAAGAGGCACUUAUUUUUCACAGUUCCACGUGUGGUGGCGGUAUCCCCACAGAUGCGCCUCGUGGAGGACAACCCCUCUUCUCUUUCCCUCGUGGAGAUUUACAAGCAGCGCUGUGCCAAGAAGGGCAUCGAACACGACAACCCCAUCUCCCGGUACUAUGACAGACUGGCCACAGUGCAGGCGCGCGGGACCCAAGCCAGCCACCAGGUCCUUCGAGACAUCCUCAAAGAAGUUCAGAGUAACAUGGUGCCACGCAGCAUGCUGAAAGAGUGGGCUCUGCACACGUUCCCCAACGCCACGGACUACUGGACGUUCCGGAAGAUGUUCACCAUCCAGCUCGCACUCAUUGGUUUUGCAGAAUUCGUCUUGCAUUUGAAUAGACUCAAUCCCGAGAUGUUACAGAUCGCUCAGGACACCGGCAAACUGAAUGUGGCCUACUUUCGGUUUGAUAUAAACGACGCAACCGGAGACUUGGAUGCCAACCGCCCCGUCCCUUUCCGCCUCACCCCCAACAUUUCCGAAUUCCUGACCACCAUAGGCGUCUCCGGCCCGUUGACGGCCUCCAUGAUUGCCGUGGCCCGGUGCUUCGCCCAGCCCAACUUCAAGGUGGACGGCAUUCUGAAAACGGUGCUUCGGGACGAGAUCAUCGCUUGGCACAAAAAAACGCAGGAGGACACCUCCUCUCCGCUCUCGGCCGCUGGACAGCCUGAGAACAUGGACAGCCAGCAGCUGGUCUCCCUGGUGCAGAAGGCGGUCACGGCCAUCAUGACCCGCCUGCACAACCUGGCCCAGUUUGAAGGUGGGGAGAGCAAAGUGAACACGCUGGUGGCCGCUGCCAACAGCCUGGACAACCUGUGCCGCAUGGACCCCGCCUGGCACCCGUGGCUGUGA